UCUUUUUGCUUCACUUCCAAGCUCAGUUAAUCCGAGCUCUCAGUUUUCUCCUUCGUUCUUUGUUACUGAAAAAUGGUAUUCCAAAAAGCAUUUGCUGCUUUGCUAAUUGCCUCCUUUAUGCUUCUCCAUUUCACUAAUGCCCUUCAAAAGGUUGACUACAGCAAGCCACCAGCACCAGCCCCUCAAGUUUCACAGCCACUAAAUUGCACCGGAGCCUGUGAAUAUAGGUGCAGCGAAUCGUCUCGGCCAAAUCUAUGCAACAGAGCUUGUGGAAGCUGCUGCCAUAGAUGUCAUUGCGUACCACCAGGGACUUCUGGCAAUUAUGAAGCUUGUCCUUGCUAUUUCAACCUUACUACUCAUAACAACACUCGCAAAUGUCCUUAAAAUUUAUCAGCUUAAUUAUAAUGUUCUUCUACUUUGUCCUCAAAAAGGGACUCCAUUUUCAAAAGCAAGUGUAGCUUUAAGCUUAUUAGAUGGUUUUAUGUCCAAAUAAACAAGCCAGCUGUUCAUUUGAAAUUCAAUUCAUUUGUUCUCUCUGUGUACGAGGUUUGUAAUGCAAAUUUGAUUUUCUAUUUCUAUUGACUAGUUGUUCCA